AUGGGAGACUUCAACUGGCAUGAUCAACUCUGGGGCGGAGAUCAUAUAUCUCCUGCGAGACAGGGGGAGGCCAAUGCUCUGAUCAACUAUAUGGGUGAACACUCUCUCUACAGCCUCUUAUCUAGAGGCACAAAAACAUGGCAAUCAGGAGAUAUAGAAACAACAAUCGACUUGAUAUUAGUAUCAAUAGAAUUAGCAGAAGAGAUAAUAAGAUGUGAUCAGACCAUCAAUUCCUUUAGGGGGCUUGGCCAGCUGCAGACGGAUCGUCUCAUGACAGCAGUCUUGGAAGCAGUCUCAAAACUUACACUGAAAGCAAAGCCCUCACCAUAUGCUAAGCGAUGGUGGAUGACAGAUCUGACGCAGCCUUGCCGCACUUAUACCUACUGGAGAAAUCAGGCUAGAUUGCGGCGUAGAGCAGGAUGUACAGUCCCGGAGCUCGAACAACAAGCACGAGAAGUGGCAAAGGAGUAUCAUGACACAAUCCAGAAACAGAAGAAAGCUCACUGGGAAGACUUCCUUGCGGACGAUAUCAAUAUAUGGCAAGCAACCAAGUAUCUCAAGCCUAACGUAAAGUCAGAUGGAUCUACUACUAAAGACAAAAUAGAACAGGCUGAAGAGCUGCUCACUACAUUCUUCCCAUCACUACUAGAGAGGAUUGAAGAUGAAGGAACUCAACCACAAAGGGAGCCAAUACACAUGCCUGAUCUAACCAUGGAGGAGAUUAAGAGGAAAGUCUUUGAAGCUAAGCUAUAG